CGUGUUUAAACCAGUCAUAACAGCAGGCAGAGAGGUCAGUCCCAGACGUUUCAUACUGCAGCACAAAUCAAAUUAAAAUGAGUAGCAGUACUCUUCAGGUGAAUGUGGAAAAAUGGAUUGCAGAAAACCAGAAUGCAUUCCUGCCACCAGUGUGCAACAAACUCAUGCACUUCUCCCAGUUGCUAGUCAUGUUUGUCGGAGGCCCUAACACCAGGAAGGAUUAUCACAUAGAGGAGGGGGAGGAGUUGUUCUACCAGCUGAAGGGGGACAUGUGCCUGAAGGUGAUUGAAAAUGGCAAACACAAGGAUGUGCACAUCAAAGAGGGAGAAAUGUUUUUGCUGCCAGCUCGGAUCCCUCACUCCCCCCAGAGACAGGCCAACACUGUGGGACUGGUGAUGGAACGGAGACGACUGCUCAUUGAGACCGACUGCCUGAGAUAUUAUGUAGACAACACCACUGACAUUCUAUUUGAGAGAUGGUUCUACUGCGAAGAUCUAGGAACCCAACUGGUGCCAAUAAUCAAGGAGUUCAUGGCAUCAAGACAGUGCAAAACAGGAAAACCUGAUCCAAAUGAAGUCUUCAGGGAACCUCCUUUCCAGCUGAACACCAUGAACGUGAUGACACCCUUCUCCUUCAAAGACUGGCUGGACAAACAGAGGUCAUCCCUGGGCAGUGGAAGGCCCAUCGACAUGUUUGGAGCUCAGUUUGAGACUGAGGCAAUGGUGUUUGGACCUGGACUCACAGAGAUGACAGCACCCCAAACUGAUGUGUGGGUUUGGCAGUUGGAAGGAUCUUCUACAGUGACUAUGAAAGAGCAGGAAUUCAGUCUUUCUGCAGGAGACAGUUUGCUCAUUCCUGAGCAGAGCCAAUACCAGUGGCAGAGGGGUGAGGGCACUGUUGCCCUGGUUGUGAUCCAAAACCCCGAGCGGAAGAGACCCUGAGCAUCAGCCCCCAAACCACACCUGCGUUAUAAUGCAUGCUGGGAGGGGAGGUCAUAUUCUUUAGAAAGAGCUCUAGCAGUGAAAGGUAUUAUGUAUAAACACGUAGGGAACCGCAAACCAUAUAAUAAAGGUAAACAAUAACCCAUCUCAGUAUUAAUGAGCAAUUAAAAAAUGAAGCUGCAUUCUCACAUUCAUAAAUCACUGCAUGUAAUUGUAUGAGUGCUGAGAGAAAAACAUAUAAAUAUCUAUAGAAAUAAAAA